AUGGCCUAUUCUCAAGCACACCGCCUUCCUCUGCCAUCCGAUGCCCCCUCCUCCUCCAGCACCGUCAUCGAUCACGCAAGUCUCUCGUUCGUCGUCGACCAAGCCAAGCUGAACCCGGUGUUUGAGGCAUACAAGCUGGUUCAAGAUGCAUCGGCGUCCGCGAGAUCGUACGGCUUGCCGAGUCGGCCACCUCGCCUGACAGAGCUCUAUCAGCCACCACAAGGCCACCAAGAUGGAAAGCUGACGUUCACAGGCUUGGGGUUCAAGGAGACAAAGGAACGAGCUCUGCAUCAAGUGUUGGUCCCUUCUCGCGGCCAGAGGAGUGAGGAGGAGCCCUUCGCGGCGUACAUCGAUGCGAACCGGUUCGUUGUCGUGCUCACGUACGACUCGAUCAAGGAUAAAGUGGUCGGUCACCCGGUGCAUCGUCUCCUCCAACAACAAGGUGCGACGUCGCUGCCGUCGCUAGCAUCGUUAUCGGCAACAGAAUGGCUAGCGAGCAGUGGGGGAAGCUUCAUGCUUAUCAAACUGCAGCGAGUCAUGCUGGGAGAUGGCGGUGUAGUCAGGUGGACAAGUGGCACAGAAGUGCGAUGGAGGAUGCCAUCAGAAGGCACGAUCAAAGCAUGCAGCGAGGCUGGCGGGAGAAUUCGGGUGUUGCUACAGAGCACAAAGACAAUUUCCACGUCCAACGAAAGAAAGGCGAAAGAAGGUAUGCAGGGCCUUGGGUUUCAACCGAAUGCGCAGCAAGUGGCAGACGGCUCCAAGAAGGGUCAGCCAGCACGAAGCACGACAGUCUUCGAAGUGCAGCUGGUCGAGAUCGACGACAGCGACACAGCUCCAGCAACAGGGCCGGACGAACACGAGGGCGAGGGGGCAUCGCGAGAAGUGAAAUUGUUGUGGACUGUCCAAGGCGAAGAACCGCUUAUCACGGCCAAGCUGGACGAGCACGAGACGCUUCUCGGCGCAGAGGCACCUCUCACUAGCCUUAAACGCGCAAGAGUUCGCGCCGACACAGCGACGCAGCCAACAGCAGCUGCUACCUCUCCGAACGUGGUCACGUCUCCUCCAUCAGCAGCUUCGUCUAGAGGCAGACGACGAGCGCCUCACUUUUCUUGGGCUCAGACGGGUGAUACAAUCACAAUCGCCUUCGCACUACCACCUUGGAUCACAAAGUCGCACGUUCGAGCCCACUUCUCCCUCGGUGCACUCAGCCUUUCCUUCACGCAAGAAGCAUCCACCCUGCUCAAUGCUCCAGCCUCGAGUGCAAAGAUCACCGAGAUCGACCACGAAACGGCCAAUGCUGCUACAGCUGGAGAAGACGACGAUCUGAUGCAUGCAGCGCGCAUGAUCGCGUCGGGGCGGUACGUUUCUCGCUCCACAUGGGCUGAGAUCGAUCCAACGGGCAGCGUGUGGACACUGGAGAGGAGUCGAGGGCUGAGCCUCCUGACGCUGCACCUGGAAAAGAAGCACGAAGGCACGCGUUGGAUGCAGGUCUUUGCGAAUCGCACGGGCACCGGCCACCGCAGUCGGAACCGCAACUAUGCCGAGGUGGAGAGCACAACCCAGCUGAGCUUCGCGCAAGCCAGGUCUACAUUCGAGCGAGCUGUCACCGGCGAGUCGAGCAGCAAUGGUCAGGAGAAGACAAGCGACAGGGAAGAAGACGACGACGCGGAGGACAACGAAGACGAUGUGCCCGAGACGAUGGACCCCUCGGAGCUGAUCAGCAUGCUCGAGGGAAUGCAAAAGUACACGGUGGACGAAGAGUCGGUGGGCACAGGCGACGGUUUCGGAAUGGAUCGCACCGGUCUCAGCACCUCUGCUGGACACGCACAGAACAGUGGAGGUACGAGUCUCAGCCUGGACCAGCCUAGCUUGCUGAAAGAGAGCCUCGAAGAAGAGGAUGCCAACGUCGGACGCGCCUUUGUUGUAUCCUCUAUCGACCAUGCUGCUUCGAACAAGAGCGUGAGCGUCCGCAGCUCGAAAGAGGGCGAAACGACCAUCUUGGCCACAGCAUUGCCUGGCGACAGCACUGAGAACGAAGCCGUCGUGAUCAAGCACGACCUCGAUGGUGCCAUCUUUACCACCUCCGCAGCCUCCUGGGACCACGUAGCGACGAUGCCUGCGCUGUCGUUCGUGCUUGCGUCGAAACGGGAUGCUCAGCGAGUACACAUUCACAAGCACUACAAUAGCGCUGAUCAGCCAGCAGAGUAUGUGGUGCUCGCCUUCGAGAGCGCACCUCGAGUCACCGGAUCCGGCAGCACGGCCAGCAACAUCGAGACAGCGGGCAACCUGUUUCUGUACUACUCGCCGUCAUCGUCGAGUGCCAAGACCGCUGCUUCGCGUGUCAUACGUCUUGGUGCGACGGACCAAGUCGAAGAAGAGGAAGGGGAGGAGAGUGCAAGCGGUGCGCUGCUUGGCGUAUGUAGCGUUGGUCUCCCUGGCAUUGCUCGCGACGGCGACGGCGAGAAGAAGCUCGAAGACACGCUGGUCUGCCUCUGCGAGAAUCGAAUCCUGCUGCUGCGCGGCGUUCUGUAG